GUAACAUUGUAUCUGAUGGUCGACCUGUGCAUGAUUCAAAUGGUGUGCAAAAUGUGCAUUUUGGAUUAACAAAAGAUGGACAAAUCUUCACUGGUUACUUGUCAAAGGAAAUGUAUCUUUCUGGGAAUUUCCUGCAACUUGUUGGAGGAGUUGUGUGGGUCAUUCGUAACGGCACAGGGUUUGUGAAUUCCAGUAAAAUGCUAGAAUGUGAAGAUACUGAAGAAACUGGUCCCAUGGAUCGCUUUGUAAAUGUACGCUCUGCCAGAUCCGUAGUUGGACAUGAUAGUGAAGGAAAUGUUGUCUUUGUUCAAGUAGAUGGAAAAACAGAUAUUGAUGGUAUUAAUCUCUUUGAAAUGGAAGCUCUUUUGAAAGAAUUUGGUGUAAUAAAUGGUAUCAACCUUGAUGGUGGUGGGUCAUCUACUUUAGUUAUCAAUGGAACCACUUCAAAUUAUCCGUAUGAUUCAUGCCCUAGUAAUGCUUUCUCUUGUGAUCGAGAAGUUAGUACUGUUCUAUGUGUUCAUUCUCCAUACUGUGACCCUAAAGAUUGCAGCAACCAUGGCAAGUGCUUGAAUGGACAAUGUUUGUGUGAAAACAACUGGCUUGCUCCAAAAUGUGAUCGCUUGUUCUGCGGAAAACAUAAUUGCUCAAACAAUGGCCUUUGCUUGCCCAGUGGCUGUAUCUGCAGACCCGGGUACUUUGGAGAGAAUUGUGAAAGUGUGUGUCCUGAAGGAAAAUAUGGUAGUCAGUGUGCUCAGCAAUGUGAAUGUAUGAAUGCCCGUGGCUGUGAUUUUAUUUCUGGGUCCUGCCAUUGCAAACCUGGCUUCAUGGGUAAAUCGUGUGAGCAUCCUUGUCCUGAGGGUUUUUUUGGUGAAAACUGCCAUUUUAAAUGCCAGUGUGAUAAUUCUUGCUUCUGUGAUCCUUUAUCUGGUAGUUGUGCUUUGUCCAAGAAUUCAACAUUAUACCAUACUGCUGAAUGUUUCGCAGAAAAUAUUAUCAAGGAACAAAAACUUGUGAAAGAUAAUCCUGAAGAAAGACGAAAAUGGUACACAACUCUUCUUAUUCUUGGAGUCAUAACUACUGUAUGUAUAACUUCAUUCCUAGUCAUUAUUUUUUGUUCCUGUUCGUGUUACUGCCGUAAUGAACAGCUGUUGUGCAGUCGGAGAUCUAGACGAAGUCUGCGCAGAUAUCCACUUGAAGUUCCAAGUGGAGAGCUGUCUGAUUCAUUUUCUGACAGCGAGUAUCAGCCCAUGAAGAGCUUUAAUAAUAAAUGA